CCCCCGGGGGACACGAUGGCCUCGGAGGGCCUGGCGGGGGCUCUGGCUUCCGUGCUGGCUGGCCAGGGGUCGAGCGUGCAGAGCUGCGACUUGGCGCCUGCAGGGGAGCCGCGGGUGCCCGUGCGGCUGCGGAAGAACCUGUGCUACAUGGUGCUGGCCGUGUUCCUCAGCGAGCAGGAUGAGGUGCUACUGAUCCAGGAGGCCAAGAGGGAGUGCCGGGGAUCGUGGUACCUGCCUGCGGGGAGAAUGGAGCCGGGGGAGACCAUCGUGGAGACGCUGCAGCUGGAGGUGAAGGAGGAGGCGGGACUGCACUGUGAGCCCAAGACACUGCUGUCCGUGGAGGAGCGGGGCCCCUCCUGGGUCCGCUUCAUGUUCUUCGCUUGCCCCACAGGUGGAAUUCUCAAGACUUCCAAGGAGGCCGAUGUGGAGUCCCUGCAGGCUGCCUGGUACCCACGGACCUCCCUGCCCACUCCGCUGCGAGCCCAUGACAUCCUGCACCUGGUUGAGCUAGCCACCCAGUAUCGCCAGCAAGCCAAGCACGUCAUUCUGCCCCAAGAGCUACCCUGUGAUCUGGUCUGCCAGCGGCUCGUGGCCACCUUUACCAGUGCCCAGACAGUGUGGGUGUUGGUGGGCACAGUGGGAAUGCCUCACUUGCCUGUCACUGCCUGUGGCCUCGACCCUAUGGAGCAGAGGGGUGGCAUGAAGAUGGCUGUCCUGUGGCUGCUGCAGGAGUGUCUGACCCUGCACCACUUGGUGGUGGAGAUCAAGGGGUUGCUUGGACUGCAGCACCUGGGCCGAGAUCACAGUGAUGGCAUCUGUCUGAAUGUGCUGGUGACUGUGGCUUUUCGGAGCCCAGGGAUCCAGGAUGAACCCCCGAGAGUUUGGGGUGAGAACUUCUUUUGGUGGAAGGUGAUGGAGGAAGACCUGCAAAGCCAGCUCCUCCAGUGGAUUCAGGGAUCCUCUGUUGUCCCAGUGAACAGAUAG